AUGGGAUACUACGGGCAACAGACAUUCACUAUAGAUGGAUUUCAAAAUUGGAAGAAAGUGGGUGGGAAAAAAUGUGAUUUUUUGCAACCUAUAGGAACAGAGUGUACAUCUUUUCACAAUGUUGCACAAAAAUCAUAUGAUGAUUUGUUAAAUGAGACUCAAGAUAUACAAAAUACGAAUGAGAAAUUUAUAGAUGAAGAUCGUAAGAAGAAUAGAUUGAGAUUGAAGACUAUUAUUUAUGCAAUUUGUUGGUGUGCCUUUCAAGCAAUUGCAUUUAGAGGUCAUAAUGAAAGACCAGAUUCCAUUAACAAUGAAAAUUUCCUUGAAAUGUUAGAGGCAAUAUGUUCUUUUAACAAUGAGAUGAAAGAAUUGUUUCACACUGCGCCUAAACAUGCAUCAUAUACAUCACCAACAAUUCAAAAAGAGAUUUUAAACCUUAUCGCUAAUAGGGUGAGACGGAUGAUUUGUGAUGAGACUGAUGGUGGAAAAUUUUGUUUACUUGUUGAUGAAGCACAUGACGAGUUUAACAGAGAACAAAUGUCUAUUGUUUUGAGAUUCGUAAAUAAAGAUUGCAUUAUUAUGGAACCUUUCUUUGGACUUGUUCAUGUUCCUGACACUACAUCACAAACUCUGAAGAAUAGAAUAUAUUUCCUAUUGACACAUAAAAAUCUUGAUUUUAAGUCGAUUCGUGAUCAAGGAUUGCAAUUAGCAUUAAUAGCCGAUUCACAAGGAGUUAUUGCGUUGCAAAAGUUUUAUACACAUUUAUCUUCUGUUAUCAAUGUCGUUGGUGCUUCUUCCAAAUGUGCUGACCAACUAAGAGAUGCACAAGCAGAACAAAUGGCAUAUUUUAAAUCUAUUUGUGAGUUAGAGACUGGUAGAGGCCUCAAUCAGAUUGAGAAAGAAAUAAUGGAGAUCGUAGAUUUACUCUGCCAAGCUUUACAAAAGCAAUCUCAAGAUAUAUUGAAUGCAUUGAGGCUAGUUGUAUCCACCAAAUUGUUAUUACAAAAAAUGAAAGAUGAAAGAUGGGAUAGUUUUCUAUCUCAUGUUAAGUCAUUUUGUCUGGAACGCAACAUCGAUAUCCCUAAUUUGUCUUCUUCUUACUUUAGUAUAGGGGCUCGAGCUUGUAAUGAGCGUAGCGAUCAUACACUUGAACAUCAUUAUCGAGUGGAUAUUUUCAUCGAAGCAAUUAACUCUCAGCUAAUGGAAUUAGAUCAUAGGUUCAAUGAUAGCUCGAUGGAAUUACUCCAUCCUUCAUCAACUUUAGAUCCUAAAAAUUCUAAUGAGCCUUUUCCAAGUGGUGAUAUAUGUCAAUUAGUAGAAAAGUUUUAUCCUGAAGAUUUCAAUGAAACUGAGAAAAAUCUUUUGAAGAUGUAA